AUGAUGGUCAGGGAGUUUAUGGAGGAGAGGGCAUGGGAAGCAGCAGGGAAGAGGCCAGCAAUCAUCUUCCUCACGCACGUGAAGGACAUGAACAUUCUGCACACCUACUGGUGGAACGCGCAGAACAAGUCUGGGAGCCAGGAGACUGUGAGCAUCGUGGGCUAUGCCAAGGUGCCAAAGGACUCCGUUCCUGCGGUGUUGGCCACCUCGGGCCAGCGAGGCAUCUCCGUGGAGCGGCUCAGCAAUUCAGGUGCCCGGCCCAUGGUCGAAUGGUGCGGGGGGGCCACUCCGCUCGUGCCCGCCCGCUCGUGCCCGCCGGUGCGGCUGCCUGAGGAGGCAGAAGCUGAGAAGAGCCGCCUGCACUCCGCAGAGAAGCGCUUCGGCGUCGUUUGGGACGACCUUCACGCCUACAAGGAAGACAGGAUGCUCUACCCGACCCUGCCCGUGAUGAUGAGCGUGGACGAGCUCCCGAAGGAGGGGACAUCUCCCUGUGCGAGGCGGCCUUCCGCGGGCUUGACCGCUGCAUCGAGCAGGGCAUGA